ACAUUAAAUAAAUUAAAAAAUAAUUUAUGAGUCAAACACUCUGUAUAUUUCUUCAAUAAAUCUCUAAACAUUUCAUUCCAUUUCUCACCAUAGACUACAACACACUAUGUCUAAUCAAACCUUGCAACCACCAUCAACAACAACUGAUCCCUACCAAUUUCUCAAAAUCCACCAUAAUCCCAACGACACACUAACUCGAAAUCUUGAAGAUCCACACACUUCACCUUCAUCCGACACUACUCUCGCAAUUUCUGUUCUAACCAAAGAUCUCACCAUCAAUAAUUCAAACCAAACUUGGCUUCGACUAUUCCUACCUAAAAAAGCAACAAUUUCAAACCAAAACAACAAACGUCUACCACUUAUUGUUUUCUUCCAUGGAAGUGGCUUCAUCCUAACAAGUGCAGCCUCCACUUUAUUCCAUGAUUUCUGUGUCGAAAUGGCUGACACCGUUGAAGCAGUUGUCGCAUCGGUAGAUUAUCGCCUCGCACCGGAGCACCGGUUGCCGGCCGCAUACGAUGACGCCAUGGAGGCGUUGAGUAUGAUCAGAUCUAGUGAAGAUGAAUGGUUGAUUAAAUACGUUGACUAUUCUAAAUGUUUUCUAAUGGGGAAUAGUGCUGGAGCUACGAUUGCCUACCAUGCAGGACUACGUGUGGUUGAAAAUGUGGAAGAUCUUGAGCCCUUGAAAAUUCAAGGGUUGAUAUUGCGUCAACCAUUUUUUGGUGGGACGCAUAGGACUGAAUCUGAACUAAGACUAGAGAAUGAUCAUAUUAUUCCUCUUCGUGUUAGUGAUUUGAUAUGGAAAUUAGCAUUACCAAUUGGAGUUAACCGUGAUCAUCAGUAUUGCAAUCUAACGGCUGGGAACGGUGUUGAUGAAAAAUUUGAGAAGAUUAAGGAUAAAAAAUGGAAGGUGUUGGUGAGUAUGAACAGUGGAGAUCCGUUGGUGGAUCGCAGUAAGGAAUUAGUGAAAUUGAUGGAGGAGAAGGGUGUGGAAGUGGUGAUAGAUUUUCAAGAAGGAGGUUUUCAUGGCGUUGAGUUUUUCGAGGCAUCUAAGGCAAAGAAUUUCAUUGCAUUGGUGAAAGGUUUCGUUUCCUCUUUUGCUUCUUAGGGUCAACAACUAUCCACAAAGACAAGUAAUAAAAGCAUUUUUUGCCAUCUCAAUUUUUGUCUUUUAUUUGAACAUGUACUAUGGAACUUUAUUAAGAAUUAAAUAAACAUGUACGCGUCAAUAUUA